AUGAAGAAAUUCCUCAUAGCUUACACGGUUGCAGACUUUCUGUUCAACAGUCAUCUAUAUCACAAAGCUAUUGCUAUGUACAGGGAGACCCAAGUAUUGUUGAGAGGAAGUAAAGUCAAACUAGAAAUUGAAUUACAUUACAAACUAGCACGUUCAUACGUAGGUAUUAAUGAGUUAAAGGAAUCAUUAGAAAGCUAUCGGCAACUUUUAAAAUUCAACGAAGAAGUUAGAGAUAAAGACUGGGAUGUAAUAGCAUUCAGAGACAUCAGUGACGUGCACCGCUCACUGGGUCAACACGUUCAGUCGAUUUUCUUUUUAAGAAAAUUACUUCAAAUUGUUCAAAAAGCAGAGGAUAAACAAGUAGCAGGAGAGGUUUAUCUAAAAAUGGGUGACUCUUAUCACAAUUUGGGUAAGCUGGAUAAAUCAAUCGAGUGUCAUAAUUACGCCCUGAAAAUCUGCAGAGAAAUUGGCUACAAACAAAUGGAAGGAGACGUACUAUUUUUUCUUGGUGGCACACACAGAGAUCUUGCUCAUUACUCAGAGGCAAUCAAAUGCCUAGAAGAGUCAUUGGAAAUAUUAAAAAAAUUUGGCAAAUGCAAAGCAGAAGGAGAGUCAUACCGACGUCUCGGAAUGACCUAUCAAGAGAAGGGCGAUUAUGACAAGGCGCUAGAAUGCCAUUUUAAGUCACUAGAGCUGAUGGUAGAACACGGAGAUGAGGUGGAUGUAGGUGUUUCUUACAAUAACAUUGGCACUACCUACAAUGCCAUCUCCAGGAACUAUGAAGCACUGAAUUAUUUCCAAAAGUCACUUGCUAUUAUGGAAAAAUGUGCAAGAAAGAGAGAAUUAGGAAAAGCUCAUCAUGGCCAUGGCCUUUGUUAUUCAGGGCUCGGUCGCUAUGCGGAAGCCAUGGAACACCAGCGACAAGCAGUGAAAAUCUUGGAAGAAACUGGAACCAUGUUCGAAAUAGGCCGAGCCAGAAGUCUAUUGGGGAACAUGUACAAUGUAAUCGGCCAAAUGAAGGAAGCAAUGCAUAGUUUUCAGAAAGCCAUUAAAUGUAGUCAGACUGCUGGGGACAGGAAAAUAGAGUCAAACGCCUACCGUGGUCUCGGGGACGUAAGUGUUUGUUUAGGAAACCAUUUACAAGGGGAAAAGUACUUCCAAAGAGCCCUUAAAAUCGCAAAGGAAACUGGGGAUAAAAACCAGGAGGCAAAUAGCUACUCAGGCCUUGGUUUCUGCUACAUGUCUUGCGGUCGAUUUAAAGAAUCUUUAGACAACUUUAACUUAGCAAUUCCCAUUAUGGAAGAAAUGGGAAUUGAUAGUGAUUUAGCAGGAACCUUGAUUAAUGCUGGAAGUACAUACAAAGCUCUUGGAAAUCUGAAGAAAGCAAAGAAACUUCGAGAGAAAGCCCUUAAGAUAACAAGAAAAAUUGGAGACAAAGGAAGAGAACAGGAAGCCCUCCACUUGUUAGGAAUCUCUUACAGUGAGGAGGGAGAGAUAAAGAAGGCGAAAGCCUGCUUUUCUAAGAGCAUUGCUUGCGCUGAAAAGAAUCGCGAACUACUUCAGGACGAACAUAAACUUUCACUGGAUAACCUAACUUUUCUCAGCUAUGAGAGCUUAUGUUCGCUUCAUAUAAGUCAAGGGAAUUUUUGUCAGGCACUGUGUGUCGCAGAGCGAGGACGCGCACGAGCUCUUGGCGACUUACUGUCUAAGAAAUAUGGUAUCCAAAGGAAGAAUUCACACGAAUUUUAUUCAAAUAGUGUUAGGGAACUUUCUAUCAGGAACCAAAGUACUAUCCUCUUCAUUGCCAAGCCUUUUGGUGGAAGAGAACUAUAUUCGUGGGUUUUGGAAGAUGCAGAAAUUCAAUUUAAGUCUUUGCAAUUCAAAAUGGCAGAGAACCCUAUCGAUUUGCUUACGAAUUUGCAAAGAGGACAAUCUCUGCCUGAAUGUGAAGAUCGCUCACUGUCGGCAUACCAUGGAUUAAAACCAUCGUCUGAGAAAAUAAAAGACAAACGCGGGCAGCGUCUCAUGGAAGAAGAAGAGGAAGAAGGGGAAGAAAAGGAGGAUUCUGGCUUCCACCGGUGGUUUAAGAAUAUUUUCACCCCUGUUGCUGAUCUUCUUCAUCGUCAAGAGAUCAUCAUUAUCCCGGAAGGCGAUUUAUUUAUGGUGCCAUUUUGUGCGUUAUGUGAUAACAACGACAAAUUCCUGUCAGAGACCUUCCGAAUCCGCCUGAUUCCAUCCCUAACAGCACUAAAGAUGAUCCAGGACAGUCCUGAAGACUAUCACAGUGCAACUGGGGCGUUGAUUGUUGGUAAUCCUUCUGUUCCCCCACAAACAAAGUUACCAUCAUUGCCUGGAGCAAGAAGAGAAGCACUGGAAAUUGCAGAAUUGUUGGGUGUGUCGGCUACUGUAGGAGAUGAAGCCACAAAGAAACAGGUCCUCCGACAGAUUCGGAAUGUUAGUUUGAUCCACAUUGCUGCCCACGGUGAUGCAGAAAGAGGAGAAAUUGCCCUUGCCUCAAAUUGCCCCUCGAGACGAACUCUAAGGGAGGAAGACUUCAUGCUUACCAUGGAAGAUGUAGCAAAAGUUGGUACCCGAGCUAAGCUGGUUGUACUCAGCUGUUGUCACAGUGGCAAGGGACAGAUCAUGAAAUCAGAGGGAGUUGUGGGUAUCUCUCGCGCAUUUUUGGCAGCGGGAGCUCGCUCAGUGCUGGUUACCUUGUGGGCCGUAGAUGACCGAGCAACGAAAGAGUUCAUGAUUCGUUUCUACGGACACCUGAAAUGUGAUAAACUGAGUGCUAGUGAAGCUCUUCACCAGACCAUAAAGUGGAUGAGAGAUUCCAAGAGGUACAGAGUCAAGGACUGGGCACCAUUUGUUUUGAUCGGAGAUGAUGUCACUCUGGACUUAUGAAAGAUAUAAUACCUUUGAGUUGCGCAAUAAUCGUUGAUCGGGUGCACAAGUUCUUCUAUCUUAAUGAUCACGUACAUGGAUCUUAUCAGCUCUUUAUUUGAAAUUGUCUGAUUGGCGAGCACGCCACUCUAGAUUUAUGAGAGAUGUUACAAUGUUGUAGUGAGCAACAAAAUAGUCAUUAUCACGGUCAUAUGUUUGUUUGUUUAUGGAUGUACAUAAACCUUCAAUAAUUUUUCAAUGUUGAUGUUUCAGUAGUGAAUGUUCAGAUUUAUAAACUCAACUAACAUAGAGAAACCUUCAACUGGUCAAGACUUUGAUCAAGCUCUACUAUUUAAGAAAUUGUAUCAAAGUAGCUGGGAGAUAUGGAAAGUCUUGUCACAUGCAGUAUUCCACAAAGUUGUAAGAAAAUUGUUUCAUUAGCUCAUUUAGGACUAUUACCGUUUUAUGGCAAAAAGUGCUAGAAGUGAUGUUUUCCAUAUUGAUUUUUUAACGGACUUAAUUUUAUAUAGAAAUAGGUUGAAAAAUGUUUCUAGCAAUUUAAGUAAUUUGGCUAACGCCUGGAUUUACUUCCUCUAGUGGUCCUUGUGAUGAAGCAAUACAACCAUACGAGAAACUCAAUCAUAUUUCAAAACUGUUCCCAAGUACAAAGGCGGUUAUCGAAAGCACGCGUUAGUGACGUAAGCAAAGAAAUAAAGACCGCUUUGUUUUUCUUUAGCCUUGACUGUGAAUCAGAAAACUGAAAAACCUUUUUGAUGAGAUUCAAAUAUGUUUCGUUUAUGAGCACCUAGCUCGUUCGUAUUUAUGUAAGUUGAAAUUCGCAAGUGGUCAUCUUAUCCUCUAUCGAUAGAAAUUUUGGGAACUGGCGUUACUUGACAGAGCAGAGAUUAGCCGAUUUACGCGAACACUGACAAGGCAUUGCAUCAAAUUGAUCAAUGGUCAAACAAUCGCUAGUGAAAAACUGCAUUUUAUCUCCGGGCAGGGUGAUCUUGAAAGAGGAAGGGCCCUACAAAAAUUAUCUACAAUUUCGUAGAGUCGAGUCAGUCUUCUUAAACUAUUUAAGUUGGACAGUCCUCAGGCUCAAAAAAUUGCCAUUCAUGAAUGAUUUCUGUUCAUUGUCUUUGGGAGCCCAAAUACAUACAUGCCUUGGUUUUCUGAUGCUGUUCUGUAAUGUCACGGUUGUUCAAGUAGUUCCAUUGUUAUGACCGUAUCUAUAUAUGUAUUUGUUUUCUAAUUUGCAGAAACAUUGUCCCAGCUGUAACUCAUGUUGACAGAGUCGACCGCAAGAUAAUAAUUUUUGUUUUCGUCGCGCGUCAAUUGUAGAGUAAAAGUGAUGGUGAAAUCAUGGCUUUUGGUUUUUCUUACUCUAUCAACUGAAUUCAAAUAUGAUGGUUUAUUCAUAUAUUAUUGCUUACAUUAAAUGCCGUUUAAUAUGCGUCAUGUGCUUUUGAUAUCACAGACAGUUCAGACAAUUCAUCAGUUAUCUGCCAUACCUCAUACCUAAGUUGAAAGUUAUUGUUACAUGCACGACGUGCGCCUGUCAAAAGAGUCAAUCGUUUCAUCAAAUCUUCUGGAGUUGUGUAAUAAAGCGUUCCAUCGAUCAGAUUUAAUUUGCCUGAAGAUCGAUGUUUUGGCAUUUCCGAUAACAUGUUGAGGUUGUUGAAUAUUUGAACGGCUUUGAUUGAAUAUUUCUUUUUUGGAUUGAAUCGCUUUUUCAACAAAUCAAUCAAACGUUUGUCAGUUCUGUCCUCAUAUACAAUUUGUCAUAAACCUCGCCACGUUAAUUAUCAAACUCUUGUGUUGUCCGUUACCGAUCUUAUAUGCAUAUCUUUUUAGUUGUUCGUAUUUUCUGAUGCCCUGUCCCUUUUUACCUAUUACGUAAUUCUUAGAUAUCGUUAGAGCAAUGGAGUUCAUAAGUAGAACGAUAGCUUAGCACGUGCAUUUUAGAACUUCGAACAUUUUUUAAGCUGUCAUCUACAAAGUAACAACGUGAAAUCACCAAUAUUUGCGUGGUCAUAGAAAGGGAACCCCGACGGCAAAUUAUUUAAAUUUAAAUUUGUAACUCAAUACUGUUCACAUACGUUACGCUGAAGUACAGGUGUAGAGCUGUAAGAGACGGUAAACACAUCCAGCCAUUCGCGAAAGCCCUAAAAAUUACAAGAAACAUUGGAGAUACAGGAAAAGAACACGAGGCUCUUACCUUUCUCGGGAUUUGUAAUAGGAGAGAGGGAGAGCUAAAGAAAGCACAUGAUUUCUUUUCUGAGAGCAUUACUUGCGCUGAAAGAAACCGUGAACUGCUGCGCGACGAACAUAAACUUUCACUGGACAACAUGACCUUUACCAGCUAUUACGAAUUAUGUUCGCUUCGUAUCAGUCAGGGACAUUUCGCCGAGGCGCUGUGUACCGUAGAGCGUGGACGUGCACGAGCUCUCGGCGACUUACUGUCCAAGAAAUAUCUUAAUUGUCUCAGGAAUCUUUCCAUCAAGAACCCGAGUACGAUCCUCUUCAUGGCUACGCAUCGGUUUUACAAAUAUUUCUGGGUUUUGGAGGGUGGAGAAAUUCAAUUUAAGUCUUUGAAAUGAAAAGUGGCGAAGGACGCCAUAGAGUUGCUCAAGAAUUUGCUAAGAGGGAAAUCUGUGCCUGAAUGCGAAGAUCGCUCAUUGUCAGCAUACUAUGGAUUAAAAUCAUCAUCUAGGGAAAUAAAAGGCAAAAGCAGGCAGCGUCUCGUAGAAGAAGAGGAGGAAGAGGACGAAAAGGAGGCUACUGACCUCUACCAGUGGUAUAAUGAUAUUUUCGCCCCUAUCGCUGAUCUUGUUCAUCGUCAAGACAUCAUCAUCAUCCCAGAAGGAGAGGAUUUUAUGGUGCCAUUUUGCGCAUUAUGUGAUCACAACGACAAAUUCCUGUCAGAGACCUUCCGGAUCCGCCUGAUUCCAUCACUGACAGCACUAAGGAUGAUCCAGGACAGUCCUGAAGAUUACCACAGUGUAACUGGGGCAUUGAUCGUUGGUAAUCCCUCUGUUCCCCCACAAACAAAGUUACCAUCACUGCCGGAAGCAAGAAGAGAAGCACUGGAAAUUGCAGAAUUGUUGGGUGUGUCGCCUACUGUGGGAGACGAAGCCACCAAAAAGCACGUUCUCCAACGGAUUCGGGACGUCAGCUUGAUCCACAUUGCUGCCCACGGCGAUCCAGAAAGAGGGGAAAUUGCUCUUGCCUCAAGUUUUCCAUCCAGACGAAGUCCAAGGAAGGAUGACUUCAUGCUUACCAUGGAAGACGUCGCAAAAGUUGGUACCCGAGCCAAGCUGGUUGUACUCAGCUGUUGUCACAGUGGCAAGGGACAGAUUAUGAAAUCAGAGGGAGUUGUGGGUAUCUCUCGCGCCUUUUUGGCAGCGGGAGCUCGCUCAGUGCUGGCUACCCUGUGGGCCGUGGAUGACAGAGCCACGAAAGAGUUCAUGAUUCGUUUCUACGGACAUCUUAAGCGCGAUAAACUGAGUGCCAGUGAGGCCCUUCACCAGACCAUGAAGUGGAUGAGAGAUUCCGAGAGAUACAGAGUCAAUGAGUGGGCACCAUUUGUUCUGUUCGGAGAUGACGUCAAUAUGGACUUAUAG